ACACAAUCAACAGUAGCAGAGACAGACUAGACCACUGACGGACCAGACCAGUGACAGACCGAGGUGCAGAGCCGUGCGUAUGCAGCAUGGCCGGCGACAGCGACACAAAGCCGGUGGAUACAACCGACAACCACCGGAUACCCUUCCUCAUCGGGGUCUCCGGAGGCACGGCCAGUGGGAAGUCCUCCGUUUGCAGUAAGAUCAUGGAGCUGCUGGGACAGAAUGAGAUCGACCAUCACCAGAGACAGGUGGCCAUCCUCAGCCAGGACAGUUUCUACAGAGUCCUGACGGCAGAGCAGAAAACCAAGGCCUUAAAGGGACAGUUCAACUUUGAUCACCCAGAUGCGUUUGAUAAUGAACUCAUCAUUUCAACUUUGUGCGACAUCAAAGCGGGAAAAUCUGUUCACAUACCAGUCUAUGACUUUGUGAGCCACUCCAGGAAGCAGGAGACCGUGACUGUGUACCCGGCCGAUGUGGUUCUCUUUGAGGGGAUCCUCAUGUUUUACUCUCAGGAGAUCAGGGACCUGUUCCAGAUGAAGCUCUUUGUUGACACUGACGCGGACACUCGCCUCUCUAGAAGAGUUCUGCGGGAUAUCAGUGAACGUGGACGAGACUUGGAGAGCGUUUUGGCACAGUACAUAACAUUUGUGAAGCCUGCCUUUGAAGAGUUCUGUCUCCCUACUAAGAAAUAUGCAGAUGUGAUCAUACCAAGGGGAGCUGAUAACAUUGUUGCAAUAAAUCUGAUUGUGCAGCACAUCCAGGACAUACUGAAUGGAGGUUUGACCAAACGACUGAAUGGAUGGAUCAACAGUUAUGGUACAAAAAAGCAACAGAGCAUGGAGUCCAGCAGCCGGCCUCACUGA